AAGUAUAGUUCGAUGUGCGUUCCGACAUCACGUGACAUGCAAAUACACCGUGCUAUUACAGUGUCAAAGGUCAUACAUGUGAGCUGAGCGUGGAAUCAGCUGAUGUUUAUAAGCGCGAAAGCAAUGUGUAUAGUUUAAUGUUUCAAUAGGAUACAACGCACAAGUGACUUACACAUAUAAAUAGGAAUAAAAUCAACAAAACAUGGCUCCCAAGUCAUCGAAUACAGAGCCAAGUCCGACGUUACCGGAAGAUGACGUCACGGACACGCUAGGUCUCUUGCCAAUCGCUCCAGAACACGGACAGGCGCCCGAAAAGCGCCCCCUUCAGAUCGUCUGGAAGAACGUUAUUUUGAUGUCGGUGUUGCACGUGAGUGCAGUAGCCGCGUGUUUCAUGAUACCACAGGCAAAAUGGUACACGUUAAUAUGGACGGUAUUCCUGUACCAACUGAACGCCCUGGGGAUUACAGCGGGGGCGCAUCGCCUUUGGUCGCACCGCUCAUACAAGGCCCGCCUGCCACUCCGCAUCUUCCUUGCCGUCCUCAAUUCGAUGUCCUUUCAGAAUGACGUAAUCGAGUGGGCACGUGACCAUCGCGUGCACCACAAGUACUCGGAGACGGACGCCGAUCCUCACAACGCCAAGCGCGGCUUCUUCUUUUCGCACGUUGGCUGGCUGCUGGUGCGCAAGCACCCGGAAGUGAAGAACAAAGGGAAGCAACUCGACAUCUCAGAUCUGCUGGCUGACCCCGUACUUCGCAUCCAGAGAAAGUUCUACCUGCCGUCUGUGGCCCUCUUCUGUUUCAUACUGCCCACAAUAGUACCCUGGUAUUUCUGGGGGGAGUCACUCAUGACGUCAUACUUCAUAUGCGCCAUCUUCCGAUACUGCAUUGGGCUGAACGCCACCUGGCUGGUGAACAGCGCCGCGCACCUGUGGGGAUGGCGUCCUUAUGAUGUCGGCAUAAACCCAAGCGAGAAUUACAUAGUGACGUUGUUCGCGCUGGGAGAGGGUUUCCAUAACUACCAUCAUACUUUCCCGCAGGACUACGCGACUACCGAAUUCGGAUGGCUUCUGAAUCUAUCGACGUUUUUUAUUGACGCAUGCGCGUGUCUGGGACUUGCGUACGACAGAAAAGCUAUUCCGAAACAUUUUGUGAACAGCCGCCGGUGUAAGACUGGGGACAGAAGUGAGUUGGCCAGGAAGAUCAAAUGAACGAACUGAGAUGACUGGUGCUCUUUGAGUAAACACGAGUAAGUCCGAAGUAAUGAGAUGGAAUGAGUACUGUACACACUUUAUUGUUGCGAACGGGUAUUUAAAUGUCAACCAUAUGUCUACAAAAUUGUUGACCAUUUAAGAUGCGUUUGAACUUGAACUACUAUGAACAUUGAUUAUAGUGUUGUGUGAUUUAAAACCAUACCUUUACCAAUGGCACGACUUAAUUGUGUUGAACCAUGAUUUUUAUUAAUAAAAUUGGCUGUUUGCAGGUAUUUCUCUGCGCUUCCUGUUAUUUCGAGUUGUUUUUUUUAAAUUUAAUAUUGAAUACUUCGUUACCUUUCUUAAGAAAAUCACUGAAUUAUGUAAUUAUUAUCUCAAUGGGUUUUCUACAUUAAUAUUAAGUGUUUAUUAUCCGCCCGUAAAAGAUGUUUGAUAGAGAGUAUAUAGGAGUCACGUUGUCGGUUAGUUGGUCGGUUUAUCCGCAUAAAAUGUACGCUGUGGAGCGAUCUUCUUUUACAUUCUAAAGCUGAAAUGAAAACUGAACUUUUCGAAUCACCAUGAACAGGGUUCAGAAUCACGUGACUUUGUGGGUUUAACAAUUGAACGCUAAUGGAUGUAAACACACCGGUAUGUGACGCUUUUCCUCAAAUAACUUUUUUAAACACAUUUUCUUCAGAAUUUCAACGAUUGAAUCAAAGAAAGUUUUUCAUGCUGUUAAUGGCAAUCUGAAAUACAUCAGAAUAACUUUAUAUAAUAAGCAUGUAUUUUUGGCUUAUGUAAUGGAACGCAAUCAUGUACGCGGUGAUGCUGCACAACGUGAUAUUUUGGCACCGAUUUCAAACGUAUUCGAUUAUUUAUUCUUAAAUCUUAAGUUAUCGUCACAAACUGCAAGAACAACUGUCUUAUGCACUAAACAUUUUUGCAAAUGUAUUUUAAUAACUUAAGUUAUUUGCAAAAAUAAAGUUCUUAAAGGGAUGUGUUUACAUUCUGUCCAGCCCGUGUUGAAACCCCAGUCAACCCUGUUGAUCCUGCACCCUGUGAAGUGUCGACGCGCACGACACAGUUUUCACGUUUAGUGAUCCCCACGUUAUUUAAUUGGGUAAAAAACUAGAACUGUUUGUGAUAAACCAUUUAUCAAGCUAUUGAAACAAAAUGUGCAAUAUAUGUAACUUCUAUGAAGUGUAAAACACAAUGUGGACGUACAGUGAUCCGCACACUCCAGAGUGAAUGUGCCAUAGAACUUGGCCAUUUUAUUUUAUACCUAAUGAUAAAAUAUGACAAUUCUGCAGUAAAAUAACAGCAGUGAAAAUACACAAAUUGUUAUUUUCACCGAUGAAAAUAACACAUUUUUGGAACUACUUUUUCUAUUUUUAGAUUAUCAUAUCAAAUUUUACGACAUCACGGACAUGUACUGUUCAGUGAAUGUUGUUACACUAACGGUAUUUUAUGCUUAACUUUGUUUGCUUAUGUUAGCAAGAGCAAUAAAAUGUUAAAACCUUU